GCCCUCCUGCGCUUCCGCCCACUCAUUUCCACUGCUUUUAUUCUGUCUUUGAAGCGACACAAACAAAACAGCUACGGCUGCAUUUUCAGUAACCCGACCGAACAAUGCGGACAGAUCAUUGUGCUGUUCUCUGAAGGCCGUGGCUUGUGUGUGAGUGUGUUUGUGUGUGUGUUUAUUUUCCACUCAUCGCCAUUUUCAGACGCUCGGUAGAAUAAUGGACACCGACUAUUCGUCUGGUUUGGAAAAUCCUCUGUACAGCGAGCUGAAAUACUUCUGUAGGAAAAUACAGGAGGCCUACAACGAGCUGAAGGAGGACCUGACACCUUACCGAGAUGAUCGAUUUUACAGACUGGCCCCCAUGCGGCUCUACACUCUGUCGAAGAGGCAUUUCGUCCUGGUUUUCGUGGUGUUUCUGAUCUGCUUUGGCCUCACAGUCUUCAUUGGGAUUGCAGGUCCUAGGAUUAUUACUGAACAAGAGCACAGUGGUGACCAGUUGCUAGUAAAAAAUGUCACAGCAAAGACUGGACCCUUCAGUCUAGUGUCUCCGCCCCUCACCACAUACAACCAGCAGCUAUGGCUCACCUGUGUGAUGCAGGUUGAACACAGUAAUGUGGUUGACUUCAAGCAGAAUUUCACAAUCAGUGUUGAGCUGAAGGGAGUGAUGCAGGAUGCCAGCGUCAUGCCCAUCAACAACGUGCCACAGAAGUCACGAACAUUACACUGUGGCACCGUAAGGAAAUGUGAUGAGAUCAUCGUGUUACAUUUGGGCUACCUGAACUACACCCAGUACCAGGUGAGGGUCAGCUUCAGAGGCCUGGAAAACAUCACAUAUGGUCACACUAAGGUCAACUUUGUGUGGAAAAUGUACAACCCCACUUUCUCGCAAGUGGAAAUCUGGUUCCGUUUUGUCUUUGUGGUCCUGACCUUCAUGGUGACUUGUAUGUUUGCUCACUCACUGAGGAAGUUUUCCAUGAGGGACUGGGGCAUUGAACAGAAGUGGAUGUCUAUCCUUCUUCCUCUGCUGCUACUUUACAAUGAUCCAUUUUUCCCCCUGUCAUUCCUGGUGAACAGCUGGUUUCCUGGGACUUUAGAUGCAUUUUUUCAGGCUCUUUUCCUGUGUGCCCUGCUUCUGUUCUGGCUCUGUGUGUACCAUGGCAUCAGGGUUCAGGGUGAGCGGAAGUGUCUGACAUUCUACCUACCAAAACUAAUCAUCGUAGGGCUCCUGUGGCUCUCAGCUGUUACACUGGGCAUAUGGCAAACGGUCAAUGAACUACAAGAUCCAACUUACAGGUACAGUGUGGAUAUUGCCAACUUUCAGGGUAUGAAGGUCUUCUUCUUGAUUGUAGUUGCUGUCUACAUCCUCUACCUGGUCUUCCUGAUUGUCAGGGCAUGUUCUGAGCUCAAGAACAUGCCAUAUUCAGAUCUCCGACUCAAGUUUUUGACAGCACUGACAUUUGUGGUCCUAAUAAUAAGCAUGGUCAUUCUCUACCUAAGAUUUGGUGCCAAGGCUCUCCAGAACAACUUUGUGGCUGAAUUAUCUACUCAUUACCAAAACUCAGCUGAAUUUUUGUCAUUCUACGGGCUUCUCAACUUCUACUUGUAUACAUUAGCAUUCGUGUAUUCUCCCUCCAAAAAUGCUCUGUAUGACUCCCAGCUGAAAGAUAAUCCUGCCUUCUCCAUGCUCAAUGACUCAGAUGAUGAAGUCAUAUAUGGGAGUGAUUAUGAAGAUAUGCCUUUACAAAAUGGACGUGCAAUCAAAGCAACCGCCAAGUACCAGGAUGAGAGUGAGAGUGACUGAAACCAUCUGUGACUUCUCUUCUGUGUUCCCGUCGGAAACACUGGAAAUACAAUAAACUAUCAAGUGUAUGUGUAAAUAAGGGACAUUUGCAUCAGUAAAACAAAAUAAUAUACUUUCUGUGUACAUAAACCUAUUUUUAAAAGAUACGUCGACUGAAUGUAUUGUAAUUUUACUGGAGGCUGAGGCGCGAAGUCACUUUGAUUUAUUCUUCAUUCUCUUUGCUUUCAAUUUACUGACGAUUAAAAAAAAAGAAAAAGCAAACAAUAGCAUUUUUACCACUUUGUAAAUUUUUCUGUAAAAACCAGAAAUGAGAAAAGUGCUAAUAUUAAUCUGGGAUUUGUGUGUGUAAAGAAAAUCAAUGUUAUUUUAAUGAUUUGUGUUGAACCACUUUAGUGUUUAAGUGUUUGUAAUGUGUUUAUUGCCAUCCCUAUCAGCUCUCUGACAGUCUGAGAAUAACCAGAAUGCAUUUGUGUGGCCAGGGCUGCGUGACAUUACAAUUAUGUUAGAGAUUCAUGAAGCUCAUGCUACAGCCACAAACGGACUACUUUUCAGUGUUGUGGCCGAAAUGAUUUAUAAAUCAAGAAUUAAAGUGCCAAAGCAGUGUUGGCUGUAUUUAAAAAAAAAAAAAAACAUGUUGAAAACGGAUACAGAGAGCCUUAGCUGGACUAGGUACCACUGAA